GGAUUCGAUUUAAUUCGAGCGGCAGCGCAAAGCGCGGCGCCCUGGACGACUCAUUGUCUGGAUUUUCCCAGUCUGGAACAUCCAUCCAGGCCCAGCCAUUUCCAUUUCCCAUGUAGCUUAAGAUUCCAGUGCGGAUUUCGUUCUAGUGCUCAUCAUCAGGAUCAUGAAGGAACACCAUUUGCCACCCCCGAUGGAAAGUCAGUGAUGGCGAACGGGGCGAAGCCCGGGUCUCUCGUGCCCCCUCGUAACGCCUCUGGCGUGUACCCCGGUUGGCCGGACAACCACAACAUCCAUGUGCAGCCCUGCAUGCUCACCGUCCACUAUAAUCCGAUCAUCGCCAGCAUUUUUGGUCUCUACAUUGUUAUUGGCGCCCUGUAUACUUUUGCCGGCUACCGAUACUUUAAAACCAUCAUGUUCCUCACCGGCUUCAUAUUCGCCUGCAGCCUGGUCUACUUGAUCUGUCUGCAGGGCGAGCUGCUGCCCAGCUACGGAAAUGCUGCUGUGGCGGCAUUGGCGGGUUUGCUGUUCGGACUGAUCACCAUGCUGGUCCAGUACGUUGGACUGUUUGUCAGUGGCUUGCACACGGGGACUCUAUUGGGCCUGGCCGGCCUGCUCACAGCCGAUCACAUUGCGGAAACGUCCCCAAAGGGCAGCGUCUGGUUGUGUCUGGCUGUGCUACUCGGUUCUGCUCUGUUCUGCGCCAUUGUCAACUUGUACUUCCGAAAAGGUCUCACUAUUCUGGGCUCUAGCUUAUACGGCGGAGCGAUUCUGUCAGUGACCAUCGACUAUUUCCUCGAGAACCUUUCGGUGAUGUCCUGGAUUUGGCAGCGAAUCUCGCUCAAGCCUGUCCAGCCGCCACCCUGUUGGUUCUCUUGGAUCGUGUUGGGGUUGUGGCCCGUUUUCGUCCAGAGUGGGGUUCUGGUCCAGGCCUGCUUCACUGGCCGCGGCCAGCACCAUGAGGAUGUGACGGCUGGCAGGAAAAACCCCCGGAUGCCCACCUCCAUGCGCUCCAUGACCAAAAUGGACCGCGCAGAAAUGCGCCAGAAAAAGUACCGGUAUCUUUACCAAGUGCGCACCGCCCAUGGGGACGUCAUAAGUCAGAACUUCGUGCAACAAAUGCAGCGAAAAGACAUGAUGGAUCAAGGGGGCGAGUGCAGCACCCUCCAGUCAGACGCCACUCAUCUGACGAUGUUGCCAGACAACCAACUCAUGGUACUCACUGAGAGCGAGGACGACAUUUGUUCGAUGGAUUUGGCAACAGUGAUACGCAAAUGAAUCAAAUCGCCACAGUGUUGCAAUACACUCAGAUGCAAUAAGACAAUAAGGGUUGUAAAUAGCGAUGCGCAAUGGAACAGAGUGCUGCCAAUGGUCGCUACUUUUGCCCGCACCCCGGUAGCUAAACCGUCCCUUGGCCAGUGGCGGUUGCUGCGAGAGCGAGUGCAAGCAAAGUAGCCGUUUGCCAUAAGGACAUCGGCCUGUCCUUGUCUAGCCUGCCCGAUAUACGAGGGCCGCACGCUCAAUUCGGAACCACAAGACAGUUGGCAGCACUACAGGGUGUUACAAAAAAAGUAUCCACAUGGUGUCCCAACCAUGGACUUUAAGUAAGUGUAGGCUUAACCGGUUUCAUUUGUUUCAGAAUUAUCGUCGUCUUGUGGGGGGGAAUAGGGUGUUUUCACUUGUUUUUUAAAUGUUGCUAUAUAGAAAGUAGUUA